CAGCCUGUCACUCUGCUAUUUAACGUUAGUGGUUCAGAUUCAAUCUUGACAUGAGGUUGGGAGAAUCAGCGCUUUGUGGCAAAGUAAUCAAUUCAGGAACAGCGACCGACUACAAACCAUGACCCAGGAAGAUCAAGACCAAGAACUUGGCAAGCUAGCCGUCCGGCUAGCCAACGCCGUCAUUCUUCCCAUGGUAUUAAAAUCAGCCCUAGAGCUGAACAUCAUCGACACAAUCUCCGCCGCUGGUGACGGCACGUUUCUAUCACCUUCCCAGAUCGCGAGUGGCCUUCCCACCAAGAAUCCUGAAGCGUCUGUGCUACUAGAUAGAAUGCUACGCCUGUUGGCUAGCUAUUCCAUUCUGAAGUGCUCGGUAAGAACAAAGGAAAGCGGAGAAGUUGAGAGACUCUACGGUGCAGGGCCCUUAUGCAAGUUCCUUGUUAAGAAUCAGGAUGAAGGGUCUGUUGCUCCUCUGUUUUUGUUGCACCAUGACAAAGUCUUCAUGGAAAGCUGGUACCAUUUAAAUGAUGUUAUACUAGAAGGAGGGAUUCCUUUUAACAGGGCAUAUGGGAUGACAGCAUUUGAGUAUCCAGGAACAGAUCUAAGGUUCAACAGGGUAUUUAACCAGGCUAUGUCCAAUCACACUACUUUGAUCAUGAGGAAGAUUCUUGAUGUUUACAAAGGGUUUGAUGAGGUGGAAGUGUUGGUUGAUGUUGGUGGUGGAAUUGGAGUUGCUCUCAGUAUCAUUACUUCUAAGUAUCCUCAUAUCAAGGCAAUCAAUUUUGAUCUGCCUCAUGUUUUGGCUGAUGCACCAACUUAUUCAGGUGUAGAGCAUGUUGGAGGAGAUAUGUUUGAAAGUGUUCCAAAAGGUGAUGCCAUUUUCAUGAAGUGGAUACUCCAUGAUUGGAGUGAUGAGCAUUGCUUGAAGCUUCUCAAGAACUGCUGGGAAGCUCUCCCUAAUGGUGGCAAAGUAAUCAUUGUGGAAUCAAUCCUCCCUGAGGCUCCUGAUAGCAGUGUUUCUUCCAACAUUGUUUGUGAGCAAGAUCUAUUGAUGUUAGCUCAAAACCCUGGGGGCAAAGAGAGAACCCGAAAAGAAUAUGAAGCCUUGGCUUUAAGAACCGGCUUCUCUGGCUGUGAAGUCAUCUGCUGUGCUUAUAACAGCUGGGUCAUGGAGUUCCACAAAAGAGAAAAUCUUUGAUGUUCUGUUCAAAACUUCAAUUCUGGUACUUCAAAAUGUGUUGUUCUAUUGCUAUAUGUAUUUGCAUCUCAUGAUCAUGUUAGUCUCUAAUAUGUAACUGGUUCUUUCUGAAUGGAACAGUUUCUUCUAUUGCUCUAAGAACAAGAAGACUCAUUGUGUUGGUUUUUUCUAUAAUGGUUGACAAGCUUUCUUCCUUGUGCAUGAUAUCAA